AUGACGAAAGUUAAUAAACCGCCCACUACUAGCAACCCGAAUAUUAAAUUAAAGAAGCUUAAUUCUAAAGAAGAAGAAGAUAAUAAUAAUAAUAAUAAUAUACCGGUUAAAAAAACAGUAAUCGCGAAAAAUAUUAAGGUUGUAAAAAAACCUGAAGAAAAUAAUUCUCCAAAAAAAAGUGAUAGCGAAAGUAUACCAAAAGAACAAAUUAAAAAAGAUGUAAUUAAUGAAGAAGAUAAAUCAAAAAAUAUUACAGAAAAUAAAACAAAAGGUGAUACUGAAUCAAAUUCAAAAAAUAAUACUGAUAAUAAUGAAAAUGUACAACAAUUGGGGUACUUUUCAUGGUUAUGGAAAUAUUUUCCAAAAAAAAAUUCAUAA